GAUGGACGAAUUGAACAAAUUGCCAAGAAAGCAACAUAUGCAGUGUGUUUAGCUUCCACGGCCAGGACUGUGAGUGGAGUUAUCGUUCAGAGGUCGUCAAGAUCAUUCAGGUGUCAUGGCAGGUCAUUUAGCAUGUGUGUGGCUUGUCUUUCUUUCGGUUGUGCGGACAUCUACGGGGAUGUUAUAUGGACCGAAAUUUCAACCCGGGUUCCAGCGACUUCAACAGAUUGGUACUCGUCCACUAACAGUCACUUACGGUUCACAAGCACCACCACCAUUGUCCGGACCUAGACCUUCUCUAAGAGGAGGAAUUGCUUUUUUGCCAAGACCUCCACCUCGACCUGUUGUGAGCGCAUCUGCGGCAAGCAUGCUUCCAGGAAUUGGAGCUGGCACACUUCGAGUGGUUCCCACUGGCGUUUUUCCCGUUGGCACUGUCGCGAAAGGAGCCUUCGUGUCUGGAGCUUAUCCUAGAGGAACCCUGCCUGCCAUAGUUACUCGACUGGAUGCUGCCAUAGUUGGUGCGGCAGGAACUUAUCCUACGGGAGUUGCUACGGGACUUGGUGCGGCCGGCACUUAUCCUACGGGAGUUGCUACGAGACUUGGUGCGGCCGGCACUUAUCCUAUGGGAGUUGCUACGGGAGUUGGUGCGGCCGGCACUUAUCCUACGGGAGUUGCUACGGGAGUUGGUGCGGCCGGCACUUAUCCUACGGGAGUUGCUACGGGAGUUGGUGCGGCCGGCAUUUAUCCUACGGGAGUUGCUACGGGAGUUGGUGCGGCCGGCACUUAUCCUACGGGAGUUGCUACGGGAGUUGGUGCGGCCGGCACUUAUCCUACGGGAGUUGCAACGGGAGUUGGUGCGGCCGGCACUUAUCCUACGGGAGUUGCAACGGGAGUUGGUGCGGCCGGCACUUAUCCUGCGGGAGUUGCAACGGGAGUUGGUGCGGCCGGCACUUAUCCUACGGGAGUUGCAACGGGAGUUGGUGCGGCCGGCACUUAUCCUGCGGGAGUUGGGGCGGGCACCACUUAUCCUACAGGAGUCGCCCCCGGAAGUCAAUAUAUUCCUUUGUCUGGAUUCUCUGCAACCGAUCCAGCUGUCGCUGGAGUCUAUCCUGCUGCAGCUAGCGCGAUUGGUGCUAAUUCUCUUAGAAAGGCAGCACAAACAAACUGGCCAACUAUUGUGGAUAACGUUGGAAUAGUUGAACCAGCCAUGGGCUUGGGAACUGCGGGAUCUUCAGUAGGAUUGGGCGCGGAUCUUGGCUACAAUGGAAAUAGCAGAGCUUUUGAUGUAAACCCUAGCGUUGGAACAGCAGGAAUGCAUAAUCCAAAUAACCUGGUUGGAACCGGAAACGUGGGUACACUCGACACUACCACUGGUGGAUCCACAGUUGGAGGAAGUCCCGGACCAGCUACACUGACCCUUGAUUUUGGUGGUUUAGGAUCUGCUGGCGGCGUUGCAGGCAUCGAUCAAUAUGCUGCGAACACAGGUAGCUCUACGGGUAUAGAUCAGCUUGGUGCAAACGCAGUUGGUUCUGCGGGAAUCGAUCAGUACGUUACAGACACAGUUGCCGCUGCAGGCCUAGGGCAGACUGGUGCAAGGGGAGGUGGAGCUACAAGGAUAGAAAACAUUGUAGCAGCCGCAGUAGCACAAGGUGGCGCUGGGGAUCUUACACAAACUCGUGCUGGUGCCUAUGAUCUUGGAAAGGCGGGACAACCAGGACAAGCUAGUUCAGGUACUGGGCUCGCCAUAAGCGGCAGUGGGGCAUCAUCGGUUGGAAUAGGAACCAUGGGGGAAGGUGGAAUAACAUUGGGAUUCCCCAAUACUGGAACCACUGGAGGAGCAGUCGGUGUUGGACAACUAGGAACGGGUGGAAUAACAGUUUCAAAUCCUCAGUUCUUUAAUGACGGCUUCAAAACAGGAUCUAUGACUGGAGACUCUUCACCUUCAUAUGGAAUCCACUCAAUUGGGAACAACUUUAUAAACAGUGUUUUAAAUGAAAUGUUUGAUGCACCAAGAGGUUCAGCGGCGUCAUAUCCAAAUUCCAUCAACAGUCCAACAGGAAUGAACGCAGGCAGUAGUUCUGUCGUGAAUGAAGCAGGUGUAGCUGGAAUGCAAGACGCCCCUCUUGGCACAGGUACAGGGUCACGCGGAAUGCAAAUAAACACAAUCCUGCAAGACGCUAUCCGUGGUCAGCAAGGGCCUGCGACAAUGCAGGAUCAAUAUAUAUCAUCAGCACAAGGACCAGACGUAUUCCAGGGACAGGGUUUGACGGGUUCAGGCAGUGUAGGACGGGACACACAAAUGUAUUCUGUCCAAACGGGACCAGCCAAUCAAGGAAACACAGAGAUUCUCUCCGGAUCCAUUUCUAGCCAAACGGCAAAUAACUUAGAUCUCACAGGAUUAAAUAGCAUCCAAGAACCACAAAUGUACCCUCAACAAAUCGGUUCCAAUAAUCGAGGCAACACGCAGAGUAUGUCUGCAUCCACAUCUAUCCAAAACACGCAAAUGGUAAAUAACUUAGACCUGGUUGGAACCAAUAAUGUCAAAGACCCACCAAUGUAUCCCGUCGAAACAGGGCCCUUGAACCAAGGAAAUAUUCAGACACUUACCGGAUCAACAUCUAAUCAAAACUCACAAAUGUACGACACAAUUGACAGGACAGGGACAAUCACCAUUAAGGAUCCCAAAAUGUACUCCACACAAGAUAUAGCAUCACCGAGCUCAUUCCAGGAUCAACAGAUGCUCAACGUUCAAAAUCCACAAAGGAUUGAUGCACCAAUGCCGACAGCUACCAGCAGUAUCCAGGCGAUGAAUACACAGGGUGUGAGUGUAUCCAAUACUGCUCAGGAUCUACAAAUGCUCAACAACCAGGGUAUGGGCGCGUCUAAUACUGCUCAAGAUCUUCAAAUGCUCAACAACCAGGGUAUGGGCGUGUCAAAUACUGCUCAGGAUCUACAAAUGCUCGACAACCAGGGUAUGGGCGUGUCUAAUACUGCUCAGGAUCUACAAAUGCUCAACAACCAGGGUAUGGGCGUGUCAUAUACUGCUCAAGAUCUACAAAUGCUCAACAACCAGGGUAUGGGCGUGUCAAAUACUGCUCAAGAUCUACAAAUGUUCAACAAUCAGGGUAUGGGCGUGUCUAAUACUGCUCAGGAUCUACAAAUGCUCAACAACCAGGCUGUCACAGGAUCAAAUGUUGCGCUAGAGCAGCAGAUGUUAGGCUCACCUAUGCAACAAAUGCCCAACAAUCAGGGUAUGGGCGUGUCUAAUACUGCUCAAGAUCUACAAAUGCUCAACAACCAAGGUAUGGGCGUGGCUAGUACUGCUCAAGAUCUUCAAAUGCUCAACAAUCAGGGUAUGGGCGUGUCAAAUACAGCUCAAGAUUUACAAAUGCUCAACAACCAGGGGAUGGGCGUGUCUAAUACUGCUCAAGAUCUACAAAUGCUCAACAAUCAGGGUAUGGGCGUGUCAAAUACAGCUCAAGAUUUACAAAUGCUCAACAACCAGGGGAUGGGCGUGUCUAAUACUGCUCAAGAUCUACAAAUGCUCAACAAUCAGGGUAUGGGCGUGUCAAAUACAGCUCAAGAUUUACAAAUGCUCAACAACCAGGGUAUGGGCGGGUCAUAUACUGCUCAAGAUCUACAAAUGCUCAACAACCAGGGUAUGGGCGUGUCUAAUCCUGCUCAAGAUCUACAAAUGCUCAACAACCAAGGUAUGGGCGUGUCUAAUCAUGCUCAAGAUCUACAAAUGCCCAACAAUCAGGGCAUGGGAGCGUCAUAUACUGCUCAAGAGCUACAAAUGCUCAACAACCAGGGUAUGGGCGUGUCAAAUACUGCUCAAGAUCUACAAAUGUUCAACAAUCAGGGUAUGGGCAUGUCUAAUACUGCUCAGGAUCUACAAAUGCUCAACAACCAGGCUGUCACAGGAUCAAAUGUUGCGCUAGAGCAGCAGAUGUUAGGCUCACCUAUGCAACAAAUGCCCAACAAUCAGGGUAUGGGCGUGUCUAAUACUGCUCAAGAUCUACAAAUGCUCAACAACCAAGGUAUGGGCAUGUCUAAUACAGCUCAAGAUCUACAAAUGCUCAACAACCAGGGUAUGGGCAUGUCUAAUAAUGCUCAAGACCUACAAAUGCUCAACAGCCAGGGUAUGGGCGUAUCUCAUACUGCUCAAGAUCUACAAAUGCUCAACAACCAAGGUAUGGGCGUGUCAAAUACAGCACAAGAUCUACAAAUGCUCAACAACCAGGGUAUGGGCGUGUCUAAUACUGCUCAAGAUCUACAAAUGCUCAACAACCAGGGUAUGGGCAUGUCUAAUACAGCUCAAGAUCUACAAAUGCUCAACAACCAGGGUAUGGGCGUGUCUAAUACUGCUCAAGAUCUACAAAUGCUCAACAACCAAGGUAUGGGCAUGUCUAAUACAGCUCAAGAUCUACAAAUGCUCAACAACCAGGGUAUGGGCAUGUCUAAUAAUGCUCAAGACCUACAAAUGCUCAACAGCCAGGGUAUGGGCGUAUCUAAUACUGCUCAAGAUCUACAAAUGCUCAACAACCAAGGUAUGGGCCUGUCAAAUACAGCACAAGAUCUACAAAUGCUCAACAACCAGGGUAUGGGCGUGUCUAAUACUGCUCAAGAUCUACAAAUGCUCAACAACCAAGGUACUGGCGUGUCUAGUACUACUCAAGAUCUACAAAUGCUCAACAACCAGGGUAUGGGCAUGUCUCAUACUGCUCAAGAUCUACAAAUGCUCAACAACCAGGGUAUGGGCAUGUCUAAUACUGUUCAAGAUCUACAAAUGCUCAACAACCAGGGUAUGGGCGUAUCUAAUCCUGCUCAAGAUCUACAAAUGCUGAACAACCAGGCCAUUGACCUGUCUAAUACUAUUAAAGAUCUACAAAUGCUCAACAACCAGGGUAUGGGCGUGUCUAAUACUGCUCAAGAUCUGCAAAUGCUCAACAACCAGGCUGCCACAGGAUCCGGUGUUGCGCUAGACCAGCAGAUGUUAGGCUCACCUAUGCAACAAGGCGCGAACACAUUUCAAAUUACCAACCAAGCUGCAGUGAACAACCUUCAAGACAAACAAAUGUACAACAGCCAAGGAAUGAGCAGUUCCAGUAGAGUACAAGAUCUGCACUUGCCGCAGGGUGCAGACAGUUUCCAAGGUUCCAAUCAGGGAAUAACCAUAUCAGGCAAUAUCCAAAAUCCACAAAUGCUCAACAACCAGGUCAUGGGCGGGUCCAGUAUUGCUCAGGAUCUACAAAUGCUAAACACCCAGGGCAUUACAGGGUCAACUGUUCCGCUAGAUCAGCAAGUUUUGGCUUCACCUAUAUCGGUAGAUGGGAGCCUUUAUCAUAACAGAAACCAGGCUAUGGCUGCAGUAAACAACAUUGAAGGUCAUCAGAUGUUUAACGAUAUGGGUAUGAGUGGAUCCAACACUGCUCAGCAUCACCGAGUGUUCAGCUCACCAAUGCAACAAGGUACUAACUCUUUCCAAGAUCACUCGUUGGCAAAUUCAAACGACAUUCAAGCAUUAAACAACCAGGGUAUGACAUCUAACUCUAUACAAAGUACCCAAUUGUUUAACGCUCCAGGUGUCACAGGGGGGAUGAACAGUCAGAAUAUAAACGGAUUUGGUGGAAUGAACACACAAGAGAUGACUAGCGCUUCGACACAACAAGGACCUUCCAGAAUGUCUCUUCCCCUCUCAGAGCAUCAAAUACCUAGUCUGCAAAAUGAAUAUGGACACUCAGCUUUCAAUGAGCCUGCAUAUAGUACGCAGAACGGUCAAGGCACGGGUCUACCGGACAUUGCUACACCCUUAGACGCUACUUUAUCAUUUGGCACUAACUUUGGUCCACAACAAGAAGCUAAUAUGCUGAAUGACGCAUUCGGUAGACUGGCGUCCUUUUCGUCAGCGCCGGUCCAAGAUGGCGGCUUACGAAUGACUACAGGCAUGACUUUGAAUGCAGAUCCAUCCUUUCCGACAGGGCAGCCACGCGUCUCAUCCUCUCCAUUUGAGACUGACAUGAUGGCCUCUAGCGGUAUAUCAAACCCCGGUAUUGGAUCUCCGCCUUUACAGUCUAUCAAGAUUUCAACGACAAUGUUUUGAAUACUUUCGUGUGUCCAGACAGUUGACGUCCACGUGGCUUACAUUGCUGUCCUCGUACCUUUGUGUCGUUCUCCAUUUCAAGAAGAUGCGAUUAUCUGUUUCUUAAACAUAUUGUGUCCAUGUACAAGUUCUGUGGAAUAAAUUACUCUGUGUCA